CAGAUAAGAACUAAGUUCGGUUGCAAUAUUUUGUUGUUUUUAUUUUUUAAGUAUUCGACUUUACGUUGAGUUUUCGUAUUUUCCUUUUAAAAACUACUUAAUUGUUUACGGUGCAUAAAUAUUAAUUAAUCCUUCAACAUGACUGUAAAGAAAAAGGAGACUGGAUCUUCAGUAAAUAAGUCAUCAACACCACCUAAAUCUACUGCACGAAAAGAUUUAGCUUCCAGUACAGAUUCCAGUACAAAUAGUUCUAGUAGUUCAUCAUCAUCAACAUCAGGAUCUGAUUCCACAAGUUCAUCUGAUACUGAAAAUUCAUCUACCACUGAAAAUAAUUCUUCUGAAUCAGAAAAACACAAGAAAUCACCAAAGAAAAAAGCAUCCACUUCUUCAGAACCAAAAGUCUCUGAACUUUCUAAAAAACAAUCUUCACCGGACAAAUUUAAAAACAAAACAAAUACAGCUCCUAAAUUAACAGCUGCUAUCUAUACUGAUUCAGAUACAGAUGCAGAGACAAAAACCAAAAGAAAAUUUCCACCAGUAAAACCUAAAGCUACUGCAACAGUUGCAGCAGUUUUAAAAUCACAGGAUAAAAACAAAAAAUCUGAUGUUAAACGUAGUCAAGGACCGAGGUCUAAAGCCACAGCUAUCACUGAUGGAGUUAAGAAACCUGACUCAAAGUCAAAAAGUAUUUUCAGCCCAGAUAAGAUAAACAGUAGUGACAGUGAUCCUCCACCUCCAAAACUUACGCCAAUGAAAAGUGCUACUACACAAAAAGCAUUAGUAAAACCUAGACCAAAAGCAAUGGCAAAAUUAAAAAAACAUUCACCAACUACUAAAACAUCCACCUUAACAUCAGCAAGUUCUGAGUCAUCAGAUACAGAUUCAUCGUUAGAUAAGAAGAUUAAAAAAACAACACAAGAACAACACAAAAAAAAACUUUUAAAUAAAACACCGCAGCCUGCCACAAAAGUUACAAGUGCUAACGAAUCUUCAUCUAGUGGUAAGGUCUCUAGAGGACGUGGCCGACCUAGAAAAUAUCCAGUUCCAGAACCAACUAAAAAUGGUUCAAAUACUAAUUCCAACUCAAAAGCCGGUCAGGACCAAAAACUUGUUACAACUAGAGGAUCUACCAGAGUUAGUCGUAUAUUAGCUGCUAGCCAUAGAACUACGACUGCAACAGAUUCUGAUUCAGAUACAGGAAGUAAAUCAACUAGUACCAGUUGCAAAUCACCUACUAAAAAAUCUCGUGACAAAACACGCAAGCCACUAAAUUGUAAUGAUAAGAGAUUGAAUAGUGGAGGGCUUGUUGAAUUAGAAGAAAGACUUUGUCCAGUUAAUGGUUGUGAUUCAUUAGGUCAUCUAAAUGGCUUAUAUGAGCGUCAUUUUACUUCAGAAGCCUGCCCCAUGUAUCAUAGAUUAACUAUAAAACAAUGUCAAGAAAAUUUAUCUGAACGACUAAAGAAAAAUGAAGAACGUUUAAAGGGUACAUUAAAAUCUAGUUCAGCCGAACAAAAGAACUAUCGAGAUAAAGUUAAAGAAAUGAGAAAUGAUAUCGAUGAUAAAAAAAAAAAUGAAACAAGUAGUGAUACUUCGCAAAGUGACCAAUAUGCUGGUAAAGAUUUAGAGCCUGAUAUACUCAACUGCUCUAAUAUACCAUCCUAUGAUAUUAAGUUAUUUCAAGAAGCACAAGCAGUAGCCAGUGAGAAAAUUGAAGAAGAUUUAAAACAAUUACCAAAUUUUAAAGGCACAAAGUAUUUAGAAAUGGGAAAGUAUGAAAUGGAAGUUUGGUAUCAAAGUCCAUACCCAGAAGAAUAUACACAGGUACCAAAGUUGUACUUAUGUGAAUUCUGUUUACACUACAUUAAAAGCAAAACAGUACUAUUUAGACAUAAACUCAAAUGUGUUUGGAAACAUCCACCUGGCGAUGAAGUUUAUCGGAAAGACCGUAUAUCUGUUUGGGAAGUAGAUGGUAAACGAUUCAAAAUAUUCUGCCAAAAUUUGUGUUUACUUGCAAAAUUCUUUCUAGACCAUAAAACACUUUAUUAUGAUGUAGAACCAUUUUUGUUUUACAUAAUGACUACUCAGGACGAAGAUGGAUGUCAUAUUGUUGGUUAUUUCAGUAAGGAAAAGAAUUCGUUUUUGAAUUUCAACGUGAGCUGUAUAUUAACUUUACCUCCUUACCAAAGGCAAGGAUACGGCAGACUUCUCAUCGAUUUCAGUUAUCUGCUGACCAGAGUCGAGGGUAAAGUCGGUUCGCCCGAAAAACCGUUGUCAGACUUGGGUCUGAUAUCCUACAGAAGUUACUGGAAAGACGUGCUACUGCAGUACCUUUGCGACUUGGGUGGAAAGCAAUUGUCCAUAAAAGACAUGAGUCAAGAGCUGGCCAUCAACUCCUAUGAUAUAGUCAGCACGCUCCAAGCCCUCGGCAUGAUGAAAUAUUGGAAGGGAAAGCACAUCAUACUCAAGAAACAGGAAGUGAUUGACGAGUAUUUGGAAAGGUCAAAACGUCGAGGAUCGGACUAUAAAGAAAUCGACGCGAAAUGUCUGCGAUGGCGGCCACGUUCAGCAGCUCCCGCCCCGGCCGGGCCCACGUGAAAUGUACCUGUUCGCAGUGAAAACAACGCUUAUACACUCACCGCCACGUUCCAGUAUUGUUCCCGGAAACAAGCGAUUGAUCCGGUAGCAAACCAAUCGGUUCGUCGACGUUCGGAGAGGCAAUUAAGUUUUCCGGGCGGAAAAAUCAAUUUGUACCCCUCUUAAUUUUGUUAUUAUUAUUAUUUUACCUAUUUCCGAAGGAAGAUGCAGCGGCGUCACAAUGAAUAGUUAAGCCGAUAUCGUCGUUAUUGGCAUCGAACCCAAUAAGCGCGUCCCCUCGACUGGGGGCUGUUAACGUGCGAUAAAAUAGCACGCGUUUUUCACAAUUAUAAAAUGUGAUAACGACCGAGCAAGAAAAGCAGCGGAUGUCGCCCCAAUGGGUCGGGUCUCGUAUACGGAACGACGACGACGGUGGGAGCUAAACGAGAAUGCAUUUAUUUUGUAUUAAUAAUAAUCUACUUCGUUCUCGGGGCGACGUUCCACCUUUCUGCUCGCCAUCGAAAAGUGCGCGCCGUUCAUAAUCCGACGUUAUGUUUCUCCCUGGUCUCAUUAAUCGAUUAGGAUUUCGCUUUUUUUUUUUUUUUCAUCGUCCCGAUAGUAAAAACCUAAGUCUUUUGUUUUUUUUCCGUUUUUAAAUCGCAUACGGUAGCAACAUAAUAAUAUUACACUGUGCGCACCUAUUAUAAACGUGUCGAUUUACAUAUUAUAAUAUUAUACGCCGACUCCUCGUACACGCUCCACCCACACCUAUACACAAUACUGUAAUAAUAAUAUAGAUAGGGGCACGGUAUACGUCCACCCCUUCGCAGUGUUUUUGCUAAGCCCUUAAAACUCGUACGAUUACAUACACACGCGCAUAAUAUACGUACAAUAUAUAAUAUAUAUUAUAAGGUACCCUACCUAUACCGAGCGAUAUUAUUGUAACUGUGUCCAUCUACAUUUCGACCGCAGCCCUAGUAAGUAUAAUGGUUUACCCUCAACAACCCCCCAAUGCCAUUUUCACCACCACUGUAUCGUGUACAUAAGUACUACCCGUGAACGUGGUGUAGAGAAAUAUUUUGUUCAAAUCGUUUGA